AUGAAUAAUGGUCUAGAGGAUGAUGAUCAGGAAAUCCUAUUAUUGCAAUUAUAACAAAAGGGUAGAUAAUUGGAAUAAGAAAAUUUUAAACUAAGAAAAGAAUUAGCUAAUAUAAGAGGUGCAUUGAAAUUUGAUUGUAUAUUGUUAUUCUAUCAAUAAGUUAUUAGAAUGGAAGUGAUUAAAAAGGUUCCAGAUAAUAAUCAAGACAAAAUAUAAAUUAAAUAUGUUUUGACUCACUCUAAUCAGAUAGCAAAAAGAGAGGCUUAAGUUAUAUUUCAAGAAUAGCCAAAAUAAUUCAUUCUUUAUGGAUCAGGUUAUAAUUCAGAUUCAUAACAUGUGAAUGAAUUCUAAAUCUUUUCUUAUAAUGUAUAGCUGAAUGAUGAAUUAUAAGAAAACCCAAAUAUCAUUGCUACCGAUUAAAAAAUAGAAAUUAUCUUUGAAAAGCGAAACCAAAAAAAUAAAUAAUUUAUUUAAUUAAACAAAUGA